ACCAUCAGAAACAACAGAGGGAGACCCGAACUGCCCCAUCAUGGCCAUAGUCGUCUCGAAGCGAUCGAAGCAGAGCGGAAGAAUCCUGCGUUUCCCCGAGCAGAAACACCAAACGGCAAAUCGAGCUGCCCGCUGAUCUGUUCCACCCCGCCGCUAAGGCUCUGCCAUUGAUCGACGUUUUUUGGGCAAAAGUCGUCUCUCGUGCCUGGAACUCUUCCGCUGCCUCUGUCCUCUCUUCCAAGUCCCAUUCUCGCUUCUUCAAAUCCCCAUGGCUCAUGCUUCCUCGAAAACAGCAUGCAGAAGCCCUUUCACCGAGGCCCGUAUACAACCUCCUUCUUUAAAAUAUCUGUUCAGCAUUUCCGAAAUUGAGGAAGAUGAUAGAGGCCGCUGUAAAAUUCUCUGUGAGGAUGAAUGGUUGAUCGUAACUAAGCUAGAGCUACGCCGAUCUUUUGUUUCAAGAGCCUUUUUGACAGCCGAACCUACAGGUGACUUUGCUGUGGUUUUGUUAUGCUACUACAAUACAGAAGAGCUUUUAUAUUAUAAGAAUGGAGACAGUUCGUGGACACUAUUCUAUAAUUCAGGAUUGCCGAACCGUAUUGUAUUGAAGGAUAUUAUGCCCUAUGAAACCAAGCUUCAUGUCCUGACUACUGGUAGUGCUAUUCAUACUUGGGAUUUAGAGAGUGGUUAUCCCGAAAAUGAAAUCUACAAUGGAUAUGCUGCCCCCACUGACACAUUUCAGAGACCAAAUUGUUUCAUCUAUCGAGUUUAUCUGGUUCAAUCAGAUGAGGAGAUUCUGCUUGUUGCAAGGAAUGUGCCAGAGGAGGAUAACCAUGAUAUCACUACGCAGAUAUUUGAUGUAUAUAGGCUGGAUUUGGAAGGGCAAAAAUGGGUAGAAAUGGAAACUCUUGGGGAUGGUCGGUCAUUGUUUUUAGGUCAAAAUCAAUCGGUAGCAGUAUCAACAGAAGAUUUCAGUAGCUGCAUGGGGAACUGUAUUUACUUCACCCACGACAAUGCCUAUUUUGGCUUGCUUACAGGUAGCGAAAUGGGCAUCUACAGCUUGAAGGAUAGACAAAUUUCCCCUAUUUUUGAGUUUCCUUCAGAGACACUCCCUGUGUUUGGGCCUGUACCCCGUUGGCUUAUUCCAAUUUCCUGCUAAUUCAUGGAGAAGUAGCAGCGUUAGUUUUCAUAAAUCUAAUUUAUGCUAUCUUUCUUGUUCUUAAUGGAUAUUGAAACUGUGUAUUGUUCUGUUCAGGUGUUCUAUUAAUGCAAUGACUAAGAAACUUCAGUGUUUUAU